GAGAGUAUUUCGAGAGGGAGAGCUCACCCAAUUCCUAGUAAAGCAAUUUUUAUUAUCACAAAUUAUUUGAGUUCAAGACAUGAUACUUUCACAUCUGACUAACUGAAGCUCUUGAUAAGUAAAGUUCAUUUAUCCGUUAAGUGCUAAAUGAUUCAAAGUUGGAAGGUUUUCUGUUAGUCAUCGAUUUUUAAGUAUUGAUUUAGCAACCCUCAAUACACACAAUAUAAAGCAAAACGAAAGUGGUUAUGGAAGCAUGUAAUCCGUACGUGUGAUAUGAUAAUCAGUGUAAGAAGAUAAAAAAAAUGCUCUUUCAUGGUAUAUAAAGGGUGUCUACAUUACAAAUUUCGCUUUACAUUGUGGUUUACUCUGAAGUCAGGAACAAUAUAACAGCAAUAAAAGAACUUCCAACCAUAUUAGAUGAUCCCGAGUUUUACCGACAAAGAAGUAGUAGGAAUUAGUUGUCCCAAGUUAGUCAAUCAAAACUUAGCGGCUAAAUUUUCCAAACAAGGCUGUUAAAACACUUAGAUAACGUUAUGCUUUUACAAUCUAAUUUUUUCGAAUACUGAGUUUCAUUUUAAGAGUUCUUCACCUUUUAGUUUCAGAAUGAACAAUGUUAACAGUGAGGACCCCACUCGUCAGGUUUAUUCAGAGUUAGGAAACUUUAUCCCUACUGGAUAUCAGGAAAACUAUGAUUGUGAACUAUCACAGAGCACGGUUGCUGCUGGCACUUGUGGUGUUGGGAAUCAUUUGCCUAUUUUUCAAAAUAUGUUGAGUCAAGUCGAUGAAAAACCGAAAAUACUACUGAUGGGUUUAAGAAGAAGUGGUAAAUCAUCAAUUCAGCGAGUUGUUUUUCACAAAAUGGCCCCAAACGAAACAUUGUUUUUGGAAAGUACCCACAAAAUUGAAAAGAAUGACGUAUCUGAAUGCUCCUUUAUCAAAUUUCAAAUAUGGGAUUUUCCUGGUCACAUAGAUUUUUGUGAUGAAGCAUUUCAGUCUGAAGCUAUAUUUUUAGCUUCUUGUGCUAUAAUUUUCAUUAUCGAUGCUCAGGAUGAUUAUCAUGCGGCUUUAACUCGCCUACACGCUACUUUAGAGUCAGCAUUCCGUUUUAAUAUGAACAUUAAAUUCGAAGUAUUUAUUCAUAAAGUUGAUUGUUUAUCAGAUGAUCAAAAAAUGGAUAUACAACGAGAUAUUACUCAACAUGUAACAAGUGUCUUAGAGGAUUUAUUGUGUGAACAACCGUCGAAUGCUGGAAUUAGUAUAGGAUUUCAUUUAACUACAAUAUAUGAUCAUUCAAUAUUUGAAGCAUUCAGUAAAGUGGUACAAAAAUUAAUUCCUUAUUUAGAAGCAUUUGAACAUUUAUUAAAUAUAUUUAUUACUAAUUCAAUGGUGGACAAAGCAUUUCUUUUUGAUGUCACAAGUAAAAUAUAUUUAGCAACAGAUUCAAAUGCAGUAGACAUGCAAACUUAUGAAUUAUGUUGUGAUAUGAUUGAUGUUGUCGUAGAUGUAGCAGCAAUCUACACUCCACAAACUAAUUUUGUUGAUCCGCCUGUCUCUGAGCAAACUGGGGCAACAAUCAUUUUAAACAAUGAUAGAGCAUUAUAUCUUCGUGGCGUCAAUCAGUAUAUGGCUCUAGCUUGUUUGAUGUAUGAAGAAUCUUUAGAGAAAAUGGGUUUAAUAGAAUUCAAUUUCUGUGUCAUUAAAAAUGCAUUACAACAAAUGCUUGAAUUAAAUCAACAACAUGCAAAGCGAGAAUUAGCUGCAUUGUUGAUACAUCAACCGUCUUCAGAUCCUAUACCAGAAGAUGAAGAGCCAGUAAACGAACUUGAUUCGAGUGGAAAAGAUGAAGAUGGACAGGAAGAUGAUUAUCAUGCGGCUUUAACUCGCCUACACGCUACUUUAGAGUCAGCAUUCCGUUUUAAUAUGAACAUUAAAUUCGAAGUAUUUAUUCAUAAAGUUGAUUGUUUAUCAGAUGAUCAAAAAAUGGAUAUACAACGAGAUAUUACUCAACAUGUAACAAGUGUCUUAGAGGAUUUAUUGUGUGAACAACCGUCGAAUGCUGGAAUUAGUAUAGGGUGAGUGAAAGAAUAGUGUUAAUACUUUUUUGUUUGAGUAUGAUAUCUUGCAACAGUUAUCGUGUAACAAAGGACUAUCCCAUGAAAACUAAUUGUUGUGCCUUGUGGAGUUUGGUUCUGCUACCCAACCUUCCUAUACAUGACCACAACCGUCCAGGUGAGUGCCUCGUUCUUAGUAAAUGAAGGGGAUUUCUUGGCCAAUCAUAUGCACCUAUUAUCUGGCCAAUUUCUGAUUGGUCUAAUGUAUCACUAGUCUGUUGAGAGAAACAAGUCAUGUCAUAAGAGCUUGUGGCAGGCCUAUAAUGAAGUCGAUUUAUCUAUGGAAACCUGAAGAUGCAAAAUGUUUUAAAGGUUUACUGAGCUCUAAUGUAACAUUGUUUUGUUUUAUGAGUUGAAUUAUUUGAAGAGAGCAAAAACAAAAUAGAUAGAUAGAUAAAAUAUGAGAGGGGAAGUUCCAGAACAUCGAACUAGUGAUUGGAAAUUAUAGAGUUAACAAACAUUGCACGAUUAUGUAUUGAAUUAACUGAAAGCAGAUUAGUAAUAAUAAAGAAGGAUAUUAGUUAAAAUAAGUUAAUUCCUAUGAAAAUAGGCCCCCCAAAUGCC